AUGUUGUUCCUCAGAUUAUGUGAAGAAGAAGGCAACGCUGGCAAGUUAGGACGAACAGAAGUGGUUGGGGACAUUAUCAGUCGUGGUACCGAGUUAGCGCUCCAAUUUAUGAAGGAAUCAAAAACUGUCAAGGUACAACCUGAGAAAGAGGAAGAAGUAGCACGACAGCUUUCUCUUUCGACUGUGAUAUUCAACGAUCUUAAACGAGCAAAGUCUGCUGAAUACGAGUUUUCGUUUAAAAACGCGUUCGAUCUCAACCACAACAAUGCGUUGCUGCUGCAGGUGAAACAUAGCCGUUUGUGUUCUAUAGAGGAGAACAAUGCUGAACUUUUGCCUCUACUAGACAGCUGCGAAUCAAUUCCUGAGGAGACACCAGAAGCUGCAAAACUUGCUACCCAACUUGAAAGAUUGCCAAAUGUGAUCAUUGACAGCGCGCGGAACCUUGAACCUUGCCAGCUGGUCGUGUAUCUUGUUGAGUUGUCCCAUCUGAUCGGCAGCGUGGUAGCUCACGCUAAAAUCAAAGGACAGCCAGUAGAUGUGGGUCUAUUUUAUAAUUAG